AUGCCAGUAGCGCGCGCUCAACAGUGCUCGAGCUCCUCGCCGUGUAACCCGCGGAGCCUAUGCUGCAGCAAAUGGGGCUGGUGCGGCAGCAACGUCUCCUACUGCGGUGACGGAUGCCAGAACGGGCCGUGCUCUGGAGGCACAGGCAGUGGCUCAGCCUCCUUUCGCCGCAUCACCUACUUCCCCAACUGGAGCGGCAUCGACCCCAGCACCAUCCAAGUGAACCACUUCACUCACAUCGUCUACGCCUUUGCUGCCAUCAGCCCCCUCAACUACACUGUGGUGCCCUCUGAGUGGUGGACAGACGUCUCUGGCGGCCUCUACACCCGCUUCACCUCAGCCAUCAAGGCCCAGAACCCCGCAGUCAAGCCGAUUCUCUCCAUCGGCGGUGGUGAUGCCGUGAGCGCUCCGCGAUUCUCUUACGUUGCAGCUACUCAAGCACGGCGCACUAAGUUCAUCAACUCGGCGAUUGCUCUGGCAAGGAAGUAUGGUUUUCAGGGGAUUGAUGUCGACUGGGAGACUCCAAAGGGUGUUCCAGAGCGCUUUUCAGCGCUGAUUCAAGAUUUUCGGGCAGCUGUUGAUGCUGAAGCUGCCCGGACAGGUCGCGAGAAGCUCACGCUGUCUGCAGCUAUACCGGGUAAGCUGGUGCUGGGUCUGGAAUCGUAUGGUCAUGCGUGGACUCUUCAGAAUGCUGGGAAUCACAAGGUUGGGGCACCUGCUAAAGGAGGCCCCACUAUGAGCUACAAGGAGAUAGUCACGUUCAUCGCGAAUGCCUCCUUUCGCCGCAUCACCUACUUCCCCAACUGGAGCGGCAUCGACCCCAGCACCAUCCAAGUGAACCACUUCACUCACAUCGUCUACGCCUUUGCUGCCAUCAGCCCCCUCAACUACACUGUGGUUCCCUAUGAGUGGUGGACAGACAUCUAUCACGGCCUCUACACCCGCUUCACGGCAGCCAUCAAGGCCAAAAACCCAGCAGUAAAGUCAGUUCUCUCCAUCGGCGGUGGUGAUGCCGUCAGCGCACCGCGGUUCUCGUAUGUGUCAGCUACUAAAGCGCGCCGCACAAAGUUUAUCAACUCGGGGAUUGCGCUGGCGAGGAAGUACGGGUUUCAGGGGAUAGACAUUGAUUGGGAGCUUCCAAAGGGGGUUCCAGGCCGGUUUUCAGCAUUGAUUUCGGAUUUUCGGGCAGCAAUUGAUGCUGAAGCUGCCCGGACACGUCGUGCGAAGCUCACGCUCUCAGCAGCUGUGACAGGGUAUGCGGGGGAGAUCGAUUCCUGCUACCAGAUGCCAACACUUAACAAAGUGCUGGACUGGGUGGGAAUAAUGACAUAUGAGUUUCACGGGGAGUGGGACGACAUGACUGCACAGCACACUGCUCUGGAAGACAAGAAGAACCCGCUUCUAAGCAUCAAAGGUGCUGUUGCGGGUUUUAUCGCCAAGGGUUUGUCAAGAAGUAAGCUGGUGCUGGGUCUGGCGUCUUAUGGCCAUGUGUGGACGCUCAAGUCUGCUGCAAACCAUGGUGUCGGGGCACCUGCUAAAGGAGGUCCCACUAUGAGCUACAAGGACAUAGUGAAGUUCAUUGCAGGUGGUGCUACAUCUGCAUUUGAUUCGCCAUCCUCAUCGAUGUAUGCUUAUAAAGGGACCAAAUGGGUGGGGUAUGACAAUCCUGACACAAUUGCCAAAAAGGUGAGGGAGAUUAAGACCAAGUCAGUCCUAGUCCGUGAAGGCGACACGGCGUGGGACAUCUCGCUGCGCUUCGGACUCACUCUAGACGAGCUACUAUCUCUUAACGCCAGCAUUCCCGACCCGCUAUACCCCGGCGACGAGCUAUUGCUGCCUGCAGACGCGGUCGAGAGGCCGCGUGCACUGGUGGCGCUGGCAGGCGUGAAGGCGAAGGUGAAGGGGACGAUGCGCAAUGCCAACUUCUGGGACGUGUUCCCGCCGCCCAGGAACAUUGAUUCCUACCGCAAGCGCUACCGCGUGCUGCUGGAUGCAAUGAGAUACGUGGAGACGAGCUUCAUUGAGCCCGCCCCUGUGGGGGAUGAUGGGCUGUCGAUAGGUCCCCUGCAGAUCAGCAAUGACUACCACACGGAUGCGUGGUGGUUGGAGCACCGCCCGCCACUCUGCUACGAGGACUGCCAUUGGUCGGUGGAGCACAGCGAGCGCACCGUCAUCAACUACUGGCUGCGUUACUGCCCCUGGUCCCUCGAAUUCCACGACCAUGAGACGCUUGCUCGCACACACAAUGGCGGGCCUGGGUUCUACAGAUACAUCAAGACCGCCACCUACUGGCGGAAGGUGAAGAGUGCGAUGCGGCACGCGGGGUGGUUCCGAGUAAUGCCCGAGUUUGACCCACACCUAUCAUCAACGCACUUGCAUCCUCAUGCCGUAGUCGCGGUAUGCCACGUCAGCGACGUGUCAGCACUCAACCCCGGGGAAGUGGGGCGAGCCAUUGACUUUAUCGGGAAGCGGCCGGAAUACAAGGCAAUCUUCAAAUUCGUCGACGACUAUUUGAAAUCUCUCAUCCCGCUGACCGACCUGACCGUUCUUCUGCCCGCCAACAUCGCACUGCUUCGCAACUACACCAAGGACCAGCAGACAACGAUUCUGUCGUACAACACAAUCGCCACGCGCUACCUCUUCCGCAACCUCACCAACAUGCCGGCCGGCACGGAGCUCGACACUCUCGAGGGAAACAUGGUCACGAAGCGCGGCCCCAAGAGCCUGCCGACCGUUACGUUUAAGGGCGCGGCGAAACUACCGAGCGUGCUGGCUGUGCCAAACCUGUGGGUUGGUACGGACUUCACGAUCCAGGGCACGAGCACGCUGCUCAUCCCGCCGGAGCUGCUGACGCCCGAGGCUGACUCCAUCCGCGGUGCGGUCAGAGGAACUCUCCGCGGUACAGUUGGGUUCGCUUUGGAUGGCGCCGGCGCUCUUCUGAGGCCGCUUGUCGCCCGCCCCUAG